AUGUCAAUAUCAAUGAUCAGAUCGCUACAGCGUGCAAGCAGAGUGCCCGCGCAGUCUCUGGCUCGCAUGAGCUUUUCGACUACGCCCACCAGAGCCUACGAUGAUGAGCGUGGCGGCUAUGGCGGUGAUCGUGGAGGCUAUGGUGGCAACCAGUCUCGUGGAGGCUAUGGCGAUCGUGAGGGUCGCGGCGGCGGCGGCCGAUCUGGUUAUGGCGACCGUCAAGGCGGCGGCGGAGGCUCCUACUCCGAUCGACGUGGAGGCGGCGGCUACGGCAGCCGACCCCAGCGUCGUGCGCCUCAGGGCACUCCCUCAGAUACCAGAGUCUUUGUUGCCGGUCUGCCCUGGACCGUCAGAGACAACGACCUCGCUGGCUUCUUCGAGGAGUUCAACCCGACAGACGUCACCGUCGUCAUGGAUCGCAUCGACCCGAGCCGCUCGAAAGGCUUCGGUUUCUUGCGCGUCGCCGACAAGAGCACCCAAGAAGCCCUCAUCGCCAAAUUCAAUGGCGCCGAGAUGGACGGCCGAACACUCGUCGUCAAUGCUGGCUUCGACCGCACUGAACAACCCCGUUCGGAUCCCGAGUACUGA